AUGGCCAAGGCAGAAUCUUCAAAAGCAGCAGCCGGCAAUGGCGUACGGCCGAAUCCCAACGCAGCUGGAGGCGCCAAUUACGAAUUACCGUGGGUAGAGAAAUACCGCCCUGUCUACCUCGACGAUGUCGUCGGCAACACCGAAACCAUUGAGCGCCUCAAGAUCAUCGCCAAAGACGGCAACAUGCCUCACAUGAUCAUCUCAGGCAUGCCUGGUAUUGGAAAGACAACCUCGAUCCUCUGUCUUGCGCGCCAACUCCUCGGCGAUGCCUACAAAGAGGCAGUCCUCGAACUCAACGCCUCCGACGAGCGAGGUAUCGAUGUGGUCAGAAAUAGGAUAAAAGGGUUUGCCCAAAAAAAGGUCACGCUUCCGCCCGGAAGACAAAAGCUGGUCAUCCUCGAUGAGGCGGACAGUAUGACGAGUGGUGCACAACAAGCUCUAAGGAGGACGAUGGAGAUCUACAGCUCAACAACGAGAUUUGCAUUUGCGUGCAACCAGUCAAACAAGAUUAUCGAGCCGCUACAAUCGAGAUGCGCCAUCUUGCGUUACGCUCGUCUGACGGACGCGCAAGUUGUCAGAAGGGUGAUGCAGAUAUGUGAGGCAGAAGACGUUCAAUAUUCUGACGAUGGUAUUGCAGCACUGGUAUUCUCUGCAGAAGGCGAUAUGCGACAAGCCAUCAACAACCUGCAAUCGACACACGCAGGCUUCGGGUUCGUGAAUGGCGACAAUGUAUUCAGAGUAGUGGAUAGCCCGCAUCCGAUCAAAGUACAGGCUAUGAUCAAAAGCUGUCACGAGCAGAGAAUCGAUGAUGCGCUGACUGCCCUGAAAGAGUUGUGGGAUCUGGGAUAUUCAUGUCACGAUAUCAUCAGCACCAUGUUCAAGGUUACAAAGACGAUCGAUACGUUGAGCGAGCAUGCUAAACUAGAGUUUAUCAAGGAAAUCGGCUUUACACACAUGCGCAUCCUCGAAGGAGUCCAAACACUGCUCCAGCUUUCAGGCUGCAUAGCACGUCUCUGCAAAAUCAACAUGCAACCCCAGCUCUUUGCCAUGUAA